AACGAACGCCUGGAAGUAUUUUGAUUUAGAAAAAAUGGCGGAUCGUAUAUAAAGGAAUGUUUGUCCUGAAAUCGCACAAAACAAGGUCAUAAAAAUUACCAAGAAUGGCUGCAGCACGCCGAAGGACCGAUCAAAGUGACGGAUCGCUGGACAUAGAUGCACUUUCGCCCGAGCAACUUGCCGAAAAUCUUAGACGAUGGGCAGUGGAUGAGAUGAGAUUUCGACCUCAAGGGCGGUAUGUUAACGCUCCCUUGCCGACUGCUGAUGACUUCAAAACGUUGUGUAGAGGUCCAAUGAACGAUGUUUGGAAAUUUAUCAUCGAGCACAUCAAAUCUGCAGAGAAUUGUAAGAAAAUUAAAGGCAAUGUCAAGCUGCAUAAACUUCUUCACAAGCAGUCAUCAAAUACAAGUAGUAAAGGGGAUAGAAGCACCAGAGAAAAACUAGAAGCAGAACACACUCAGGUCAAUAGAGAGAUGGUUGAACUCAGAUCUAAGAUCAUGAACAUGCACAAGGAAAUAAAGCAACUGGAGGUGGACAUACUUAGGACAGUCAUAUACAGCAAGCAUACAGCAUACAGUGACAUCUGCGAGGAGAUUUCAUCACUAAACCAGAAGAGUGCACUUCUCAGUGCGUACUCCCAGCAGUGCAGGAAUAUUGGGGCAGCAUACCAAGAACUGACCAAUCAGAUUCAGGGAAGAGUGGAUGUUUAUCAAGACAUCCAAAGGAAGGCAUCCCAAGAACCUACCUAUUAUGAGGUGCAGCACCACAUAGACCAGCCAAUCGUGUCUAAUCUUCUAUCAGGGACAUCUGGGCGCUCGACUCCUCUUGGCCUGGAGAGUGCUUGUACUAGAGCAGUUCGCGAGACUUGUGAUGCCAUAAAAGCCUAUCUCAAGCAAGUCUAUGAGGAAGAAUUUGAUGAUGAUAUAGAACAGUCAAAGCCAAUAAAAGAUCCAAAAAGUAAAGAUCAACUAUGGACAGAAGUUGAGAUGAUUCUGGCUCAACAUCCACCUUGGAAGAUCCUGUCCUCGCUUAUCGUCACAUCCCAAGAUACUGCAAAUGAACUAAGGGAUCUCACCAGCAGAAUUAACCUCAAGAGGGAUGCAGAGGAGCUCAAGUUUUUGUAUGAAAAGGGAGGAAAGCUGACUGACAAGUCAACUCCACCCACACUUUUUCAAAGUGUUCACCAGCUGAUUGAGGAAGAACAAGCCUUGCAUUUCCAGAGAUUUCUGGCUGCAGAGAAAGCAAUGAAUGAAGCUUGGAAAGGACGUAGUAAACUGAAGUCCUUAAACCAUGAGAUGGAAAACAGGCUUUCGUCCAGAUACAGAGGCAUGCCAGGAAGCAAUGAUUUGGCAAGGGCCUUGUACCAGUGUGAGCUAGAAGUGGCUGCCUCACAGGCAUCUUUGGAGUAUCUUCAUAGGGCUGCAUCAAGACUGACCCAGGCUCUGAGGGAGAGGAAGUCUGCACUGGAAACAGUGCGCAGCAAACACAGGCAGAUUCAAGACUUUGAGAAACUGGCACAAUCCAAGCAAUCUGUUAUCCAAGCUCUCGUCAAGCAGAACUCUAUAGCACAAGAGAAACUUGAGCAGCUAAAGCUUGAGCUUCAGCACUAUGUCCAGGACAAGGUCUCUCCCCACCAAGCCCAUAUCCAGGCAAUUGCAGGCCAUCUGAGUAAUGGUGUAUACCAAGAAGUUGACAGAUUCACCUGCCUUCCUCUCAACAGGCUGAUUUACACUGACUCACAUAGUGAUCAGAGAGUACCAGUUGACGAGCUGUCAAUCUAUCGGCUGGACAGGGUCCGUGACAGGCCGGGCGGAGCAGGGGUCAGUGCACUCUUAGACAAGCUGGCUUUUCCUUUGUAUAAGGCCCCGGAAGAGUUGCUGCCUAAAGCUAUAGAAGUUACACAAGAAAUCGAAGACACAGCCGCUCUAGUACAGAGAAAACAGAGAGACCUGAAUGAAGUAGGCGGGGCAACCGCAGACAGAGCUGUCAAUCAUUUGAACUCCUUACGUAACGAAGUGACUCACCAAGACCGUGUGGCCCUGGACCAAUUGCUGCCUCGGGUUAACGAAAGCUUGGCGAAAGCUACCCGAGCACUUUCCGACUGCAUCAAUACCAAGGACUCCGCUAACUCGUGGUGGGAACAGCCUGCCCAGUUUGCGGUGCCCUGGAACCAAGUUGAUGGGAUGAAUAUGAGGCAAUGGCACGACCAGUGGACUCUGAACACGACCAGACUGAGACAGCUACAAAUGAGCCAACAGACGUGACAACGAGCAAGAGAACAGCACAGGUUUGCGUGAAACGUGGAAACAGUCAGAAAAAUAGGCACCAUCAUAUGUGACGCGCGUGACCAAAUGCACGCGUAUUCAAUACUUAGUGCAUUUCCGAGAACCAUAUUUUGGACAGUCUCUUCCAUAGCGCGUUCUUCCGAGAACCUAGCGUAUUUUAGGCACACUACCAUACUGUGCUCUUCUGAGAACCUAGUAAACUUUAGGUACUCUACCAUAGCGAGCUCUUCCAUGCAUUACUUUAAGCCCGGCGCACGAGGUGAGAAAAAUUUCACGCGUGCACUUUGCGCACUUCCUCGCGAGGCCAAAAACUCACAGUGUGUGGACGUCGAUCGAACGAACUCACGUCUCGCGAGCAACUGAGGCAAAAUUAUCUCCUGAUUGAACUGUGAGUUUCUGGGCUCGCGAGGCAGUGAGCAAAACGCACGCGUGAAAUUUUUCUCACCGUGUGCGCCGGGCUUAGGCAUUCUACCAUAGCGCGCUCUUCCAAGAACCUAGCGUACUUCACGCACUUUACAAAGAACCCCAGCGUGCGAAACCGGAACAUUAAGAAACAUAUUGUACUUUGAACAAAAGUCCUCUCUUUAUUACAAUAUUUACAUCAGCGGUGCGCGCGCAUAUUUAUGUACAUAAGUGUACUGCGGGCUCGAGCCACUAGUUUCUAGUCCCCGCUCUAUGAAAAUAGGGACCGCAUGGAUAUGAAUGUAGCUAGGGAGAGCUAUUGGGAUAAUAGAAAACUACAACAGACUGGAAAGUAUUUUGAAAUAAUUGGAAAAUCGUACUAAAGAAAGUCGAGCCCGUAUGUAACAUUUAAAUUAAAUCUGUUCACU